AUGUCUUAUGACAAGGAUCGAGCGUCAACCCCACCCUACAAUAAAAGUCCAGAUAGCCCUCCGCCGUACGUCAAAGAUGAAGAAGAGUCGAGGGAUAGAAAAGUCAAAACCAAAUUGAAGUACGAAGAUCUCGAUCUGGAAGUCUCCUACGUUGGCAAAGUGGCAUUGCCUGAAGUCAAGAGAGGGAAAAAGCAAGUGUGGCAUAAAUCCGGUGAAAAACCAAUCAUACAUCGAGGUAGAGUACCUCCAGGAUGGAAUGAUCAUGAGCCAGAUCUUGAUUUAGAGGAUUAUGAUGCUCAGAUCAAAAGGUGUGACGAGAGGAUCCAAGAAGGGAUCAUGCCAGCCGUUUUUGAAUGGAAAAAGGAAGAGUUUCAACUCGCCAAAGCAAAAAGAGACGAAGAGUUCGAAGGACUUCAGGGGUACAGUCUCAAUGUUGCCCGAAGGAUCAAAUCCCUUGAGCAGAUCGUGGAAGGUUUAGAAAAGCCCAAUGGAGACUACUUUGAGCAGAUCUGCAAUGCCAAGGCUAUCUUGCUAGCAUACAGAUAUUGGACACUAGACUGGAAUCCAGGACUUGUCACUUACUGGUCUAAGGGAGAGAGGAUUUCAGAGCCUCGUCCGUUUGUUAUGAAAGAGUUCAACGUCAUAAAUUUGAAACACGAAGGGAGUAAAUCAUUUUGGGUCGAAGGGAUACAUGGACCUGGGCCGGUAAAUCAGUUGUUAAAAUCUCAAAAGGCUCUGAUGCGCGCUGAACAUCCCAACGAUUUCAUCAGAAUGCACGAUUGGUCAUUGCGCCUUCCUGGCAUGAACAUUCAUCAUGAUUUCGAAAUUCUGGAUGACACAGGGUGUGAUGAUUUGAGUCUUCGUGUGAGAGACAUGGCUCUCCUUCAAAGACUGCAUCAGGAUGCGGGUCAUCCAGCAGGUACUCCAGCUCUCAAAGUCGCCGGGGCAGCUUUGGUGACAAAUUCCGAUGGAACUCAAAGGCCAGAAGAUAUUAUGUUUAUAGAGGCCAAUUUUAAGGAUGAAAACGGAGAGUUCAUGACCAGUUGGGAUGAAAUAAUCUGUCUACUUGCCAAUCCACCAGGAGCGGCUGUUGUUCCUAGACUCAGUGGGCCCUGGUUGCGAUAUAAGCUCUAUACUGCUAGUGCCCCAUACACUGGAGAGGCUCGUGUGCCAGGGAUGCCACCACCACAUGAGAAUUGUAUAUACAUAUUCGAUCAGAAGAGUGGGCUUUCAACGGUUCGAACCGUGAGAGACCCUCUUCAUAAUGCACAUCCACCGAACUUGUUACCAGGAGCAGCAGAAGCACUAAGAGCACUAGAUGCACAGGAAGACGGCAGUGCCUAG